AUGCCGUCCGCUCCCAACAACGCCCCGAAAACGAUAAGGAUCACAGUGGUCGCGGCAGAUGGGCUCUCCAAACGAGAUGUGUUCAGGCUCCCGGAUCCGUUCGCUGUGAUCACCGUCGACGCCGAACAGACCCACACGACGAGCGUCAUCAAGAAGACCUUGAAUCCGUACUGGAAUGAGACGUUCGAUAUCCAAGUGAAAGACUCGUCCGUGAUUGCGGUCCAGAUCUUUGAUCAACGCAAGUUCAAGAGACGGGAUCAGGGUUUCUUGGGUGUGGUGAACGUCCGCGUCAGCGACGUGCUUGAUCUUGAAUUGGGCGGGCAUGAAAUGCUUACCCUCGACCUCAAGAAGUCGAACGACAACCUCGUCGUCCACGGCAAGCUCAUCAUCUACCUCUCCACCAAUGUCAGCGCGCCCAUCAGCAACCCCGGGCCCUCCCAGGUGAACGGCAUCACCAGCGCCCUCGCCGGCAUGGGCAUGAACAACUCCUCCCUCCAGCUCGCUCCCUCGCCGACGACGACCAGCUCGAACCUUGCUCGCACCCCCAGUUCUCACGCCACGGCCGCGGAUGGCCAAGCGCAGGCCGUUGCCGCCGCCCCGACCGCGCAAUCGACCACGGCCACGCCGGACGCCGACCCCCUCACGACCUCCCCCCGAUCCCGGCCCGUGAGCGCGAGCGGCCAGGCCGCCCCUGCCGCCACCUCUGCUCCUGCCGCUGCCGUCGCCACAGGUGCGGCAGCUGCUACAACCCCCGCCACCGGUGGGUCGCCUCCGGGCGCCAACGCGACAUCGGCUACCGCGAACAUGCGCAACUUCAACCCGACUGAGGAUCAGUAUGGCCCGCUGCCGGAUGGGUGGGAGCGCCGGAUCGAUCCCCUUGGGCGCACGUACUACGUCGACCACAACACCCGCAGCACGACGUGGAACCGGCCCGCGACGAACCAGGCGACGAACGUCUCCACCCAAGCCGGGGAGACGAACGCCGCGCGCGACCAGCACAAUCGCCGCAUCCUCGCCGAUGAUCUGCUCGAGGCCAACAACCAAACCGUCCAGCGGAACGCGUCGGCCGCGGCCGCGGCCGCCACCGCGGGUGCCGGUGCGGUCGCGAACACGGCCGCCAACGCGCUCGCGGCGAGCACGAACGCGACGACGGCCGGGUUGGGCCCGCUGCCCGCCGGCUGGGAGGAGCGCUACACGCCCGAGGGCCGGCCGUACUACGUCGACCACAACACACGCACGACGACGUGGGUCGACCCGCGCCGGCAGACGAUCAUUCGCGUCAUGGGCCCGAACGGGCAGAACGCGGCGCUGCAGCCGCAGACGAUCUCGCAGCUCGGCCCGCUCCCGUCCGGGUGGGAGAUGCGCCUGACGUCGACCGCGCGCGUGUACUUCGUGGAUCACAAUACGAAGACGACGACGUGGGACGACCCGCGUCUGCCGUCCUCGCUGGACGCGAACGUGCCGCAGUACAAGCGCGACUUUAGGCGGAAGCUCAUCUACUUCCGCAGCCAGCCGAGCAUGCGCGCGCAGCCGGGCAACUGCCAAAUCAAGGUCCGGCGGAACCAUAUCUUUGAGGACAGUUAUGCGGAGAUCAUGCGCCAGACGCCGAACGAUCUCAAGAAGCGGUUGAUGAUCAAGUUCGACGGCGAGGACGGUCUCGAUUACGGUGGUCUUUCCAGGGAAUUCUUCUUCCUUCUCUCGCACGAGAUGUUCAAUCCGUUCUACUGCCUGUUCGAAUACUCCGCGCACGACAACUACACGUUGCAGAUCAACCCCGCCUCCGGCGUUAAUCCGGAACAUCUGAACUACUUCAAGUUUAUCGGCCGCUGCCUCGGGCUGGGUAUCUUCCAUCGGCGAUUCCUCGACGCUUACUUCAUCGUCUCGUUCUACAAGAUGAUUCUCAAGAAGAAGGUGACGCUCGCCGAUCUCGAGAGCGUCGACGCGGAGUUGCAUCGGGGUCUCACGUGGAUGCUGGAGAACGACAUCACGGACGUGAUCGACGAGACGUUCACGACGGUCGAGGACCGGUUCGGCGAGAUGGUCACGGUCGAGCUCAAGCCGGGCGGGGCGGACGUACCGGUGACGGAGGAGAACAAGCGCGAAUACGUGGACUGCGUGGUCGAGUACCGGAUCAGCCGGCGGGUGAAGGAACAGUUCGACGCCUUCAUGUCCGGCUUUAGCGAGCUCAUCCCGCUCGACCUGAUCACCGUCUUCGACGAGCGCGAGCUCGAGCUGCUCAUCGGCGGCAUGUCCGAGAUCGACGUCGACGACUGGACGAAGUACACGGACUACCGCGGGUACGAGAUGAACGACGAGGUGAUCCAGUGGUUCUGGAAGUGCGUCAAGAGCUGGCCGCCGGAGCGCAAGUCGCGCCUGCUCCAGUUCGCGACGGGCACGUCCCGGAUCCCGGUCAACGGCUUCAAGGACCUCCAGGGCUCGGACGGCCCGAGGCGGUUCACGAUCGAAAAGGCGGGCGACCCGAGCCAGCUGCCGAAGAGCCACACGUGCUUCAACAGGAUCGACCUCCCUCCGUACAAGGACUACGACACGCUGGAGCAGAAGCUGACGCUGGCCGUCGAGGAGACCGUCGGCUUCGGCCAGGAAUAA